AACUAUAAACUCAAAACGACGACGUUUGGUGGGAGUAUAAUUAUAAUUAUAUAAGCCUAUAUGACUCGCAGCCAUCACUUCUUCAUCUUCGUCUUUCGCUCUUCUAUUACUUUCAAUCGUUUGUAUAGAGAUGGGUUUCAAGGAGUUCUUGGGUGAGAGGUUGUCUUUCCUAGACCACUAUUCCAAGUUCGCCAACCGUGACAAGCCUCUUCCCUCUUGGUCUGAUUCUGACGUUGAAGCUUUCAUUGCUACUGACCCGGUUCACGGCCCCGCUCUGAAGACUGCUAGGGAAGCAGCAAAAAUUUCUGCAACGGGAAGUGUUAUUGGAGCAGUGUCAACUGCUGGAUUUGCAUGGAAAUAUUCAAAGAGUUUGCAUGGUUCUGGACUGGCUUUUGUGUUUGGAGGUCUUGUUGGUUGGACAGUUGGACAGGAAAUUGCAAACCAUUCACUUCAAAUGUACAGGUUCGACACCUUGGCUGCACAAACUAAGUUCCUGGAAUGGUGGGAAGACAAGAGUGAGUGACGGUGUUAAACAAAGCUUGCUCUUUCAAGUAAUAAAAACCAAGUAAUAAAUCACGUAAUGUAGUGGUACAAGAUUGCACGGUUAGUUUCCUAUUUCAUGAACAAGGUUGGGGUUGAAAAGCCCAGAUUGUAUAAACUGGUGCUUUGUGGUACGGGUUUUAGUUUCACCCGCUGAAUUUUCUGAUGCUUCAAGUGUUUUGAACUUCCAUUUGUCAGUCUGUUGGUCAAACUUUUUAGUUCUCCGGACUGAUUUUCGGCUCCAAUUUUUCGUUUGGGAAGUGAAUCUCACAUGGUUUUAUGCAUUGGUGGAGAAAAGGGAGAAGGAUUAAAUUGUAUUGCCUUGGAGCAAACUCUUGUCCACAAUCAUAAUGAGUUACCUGCUCACAAACUCUUGAUAGCCAAAAAAAACUCUUUGGUUCAGCCGAAUGUAAUUUUUGGCCACACCAUUUGAGAUUUGUAUUUGGUAAAAUAUUUUGGUGUA